AAUAAACAUCUUCAACGUGUACAUUAUUUUGUAUUAUCUUAUUUUUCUAAUCUCCAUUUUUGUAUUCUGCUUUUCUAGGCUUUUCUUCCGACGCCACUAUCCUACCAACACUGUCACGUUCUGCGAUACUGACCCUCAGGACAGGAAGUGGAACAAGCCUGAGGGCGGCACAGCUAAGCUGUUUGGGUUCGUGGCGCGUAAGCAGGGAAGCACGACGGACAACGUGAGCCACCUCUUCGCCGAGAUGGACCCCGACCAGCCCGCCAACGCCAUCGUCAACUUCGUCUCCAAGAUGAUCGCCGUGCAGAAAUGAUGAUCGCCGUCAACAAACUCUGCCGCUUUUUUAUUUCAAUGCCUUUUUUUUUGUUUCCUUUAAACCACAGACACUUACUUUCAGUUUUUGGACGAUUUGGUUUUUACUCGUCACCUUAUUUUUCCCGCUCUUUUUACAUUUACAUGUGUCUGUGCCUGAAAGAGAACAAGACGGAGUGUGUGUGUGUGUGUGUGUGUGUGUGUGUGUGUGUGUGUGUGUGUGUGUGUGUGUGUGUGUGUGUGUGUGUGUGUGUGUGUGUGUGUGUGUGUGUGUGUGUGGCUUGCGUGCAUUUGUGCUUUUCUUCUUGGACGGACUCCAGAAUGGAUCAGAGGAAGUGCAGGAUGGGGCGUGGCUGUGUGACAAUGGGGGAGUGAUUUUCGAUCGCCCUGGCAGGGUAAUGCAUGAACAGGAAGGGGGAAUGACGUAGAGUGUGCAAAUGUUAUCUUGUUAGCAAUUGUUUCAUUUUUAUUUUUUUUAAAGAAGAAGUCAAGUUGUGCGAUGAAAUGGUGGAUUGUAAAUCUAUCAGGCUUUCCGACUGGUCAACCAAAGAUUUAAAAAAAGAAGUAGUCGGGGCGCGUUUAGUGCGCCGCUGUCGGAGGGUCGGAAGUAUUCUUUUGUAAAACAAAUAUGGCUGCUUAAUCAAAAAAUACUGUUUCUUUCUGUAUGUACUGAUACUGUAGGUCAAUUCCGCACCUGUGCCAUGGCGCAAGAAUUGUCUCCAGACAUUUCCGCAGCCGGUCAGGUGUUUGUAAAUAAUCUAGAUUGCUUUAUGAGUAGGACUGUUCUAGAAGACAUCUGGUGCCUCCCUUUCUUCUGUAAUGCAGAGCUUUUUAAGAAAAAAAAAACUUAAAGGCUGUCUUAAAUAUGCAAAUAGUCAAACUUGGAAACUAGGCGAUUCUUCAGAAUUCCACCUUUUCAAUGUAGUAGUGCGCUGACAGAGGUUAUUCCUUGGAAAUCUGAAAGCUAAAAAAUGAUUUUUUUGCAAAUCUACGCAAAUUCUCUGGAUCUUUGGGGGAUAAACAUCCUGUCUGCCACCAUUCUAUGUUCAGUCACACUAUUUUUUGCGCAUUACUGAAGGGCCUAACGUUGUUCCGUGACGAACUUUCUAGAAAAGUGUUGCUAUACUGCUCUUCAGUUUUUCCGGUUUUUCCGUCAAUAGCUCUUUUGCAUCAGCCGGCCAAAACUGUUAACACCCUACCCAAAAGUAAGCUAUACAUAUAAAUAUACAUAUAUAGAUAUAUAAAAAACUUCAAAACAGUGACUUAAGAUAUUUAUUUUUAUGCUUUGUUGCUCUAUGUUAUCUUGUAUACAUGUAUUAUAAAGUAUACACCAAGAUUACUGAAAGCGAGAAGAAAAGAUAUUUUCUCUUCUAUUAUUUUUGGCAAGUGCAUUGACAUAUAUAUAAGGUGUAAUAAGUGUGUGCAUUUCAACUGUUGUUGUUUUUUAUGUUUUUAUCACAGUAUUUCUUCCUUUUGUUAACAUUUUUGUUUUGUGGGGAGGCUUUGUUUUGUGAGGGGGGGUAUUUUGUAUGAAAGAUUUCUGUUACUAAAGUCCAAAUUGGAGUUAUUCUAAAGCCAACACAAUUGUUUUAUUAACUUAAACCUGCCUAGAAUACAUUGUCAAUCAAUCAAUCAAUGUUUAUUUAUAUAGCCCAAUAUCACAAAUAUUAAAUUUGUCUCAGUGGACUUCACAGUUUGUACAGAAUAUCAGUAUGACAAUGUCCAAGAUUAGCACUUAAAUGUUGAAGUAUUAUCAUUGUGUUUCUACUUGUCAAAAGAGGAGGAAAUGGACAUUAAUGGAACCCUUUCAUGUCAUGAUUGCAUGUUACUACUUCCUGCAGUCAUGUUAUAGUUUCUCCUCAGCAUGGGUCUGGAGCUUGUUCCUGGAACACUAGUCGGAUCAGUCAGUAGCUGCUGCCCUCAUGUGGUCAGGAGACAUCAUUACAAAAGGAACCACUUUUAUUUCUAACAGUGUUUUAGCUGUGGCACGUCAAAGGGUAAAUGUUUGAGUAAAUUCAACACUGAGAAAAUGAGCUUUGAUUUUCACAUUGAUUCAUUUGGCCUUUUCCUUAUCAUACAAUUUUAUUUUGGCAUUUUGAAGUGUGAAACCUUAAGACUGUAUUCCUGGUUUAUUUGGUGACACCCUAUUUACUGGUGGAAACAGCUCAUUUGUAUUAAAACUACAAGUCCCAGAAUGCAGAGGGCAGCAAUACAAUUAAUAAAGUUAUUCAUUGAUUACGAAGUCAAUACAGACAUCCAGUUCACAAUACUGCAAAAAUAUGUAUUUUGCAAAACCAUACACUCAGUCACCAUUGUGUUACUUUAUUUGGCAAUAGAUAGUAACUCUUCAGACAUUAAGAGAUUAUGACUCCUUCCUUUUCUGAUGCUCUUAUAUCAGUUGGCAGCAUGAUGUAAUGAAUUAUCAUGGGGGCCUAAAGAAAAGAAUACAGCACUUAAAGGGCUUUUUAUAUCUGACUAGAUUGUUCCAUUAUUUAUUAGAAAGAGCCUGCAUGCUCAAAUACUAGUGUUAGCUUAGUGCUGCUGACUGCAAUCUGUACACAGCAUCUUCAAGUCUUACCAGCCCUUUAAGAUCCACACAGACAGAUAUCAGCAGGAUUUUCAUUUUGACGACUGUGUCUUGACAGAAGAAUCGUUAUUUUUGCCUGAAAAGAGGACGUCCUCUACUUCCAACUGAAUGUUCUCCAUGUGUUUGUCGGGAUGGAAGCUCCAGUGGUUCCCCCACUCUGACAGAGCAUGUGGACUGUAUAAUGUGUGUGAAUGAGCUACUAUGCCUGUAUAGAGCGCUGUCAUUUUUUGAUUUGCUACAUUGUAUGGCUUUUACUAUUUCUGAUGGAUGAAAACACAUUAAAAAAAAGCAGUACAAAUCAA